CCCCUCUGCUCCUCCAGUGAAGGUCCAGCCGUCGGCGAGCCGGAAGUCACGCCAGGCGCGCUCACGAGGCCGGAAGUCGUGGCCGAGCGCGAAGCGAAGCGGCGGCGGCGCGGCAGGAAAAGCAGGCGCUCGAAAUGAAUACCAGAGGACUUAAAUCCCAACUGAAGGACAGUGUUCCUAUUGCAGAAUUUGGCAUUCAUGCAGGACCCUAUGGCGUGCAUGAUACCAUGCGUGGAGGAUUCUCCAAUGUGAAGUCCGAGCUUUUGCCAAGUCAUCCCCUGGAAGUUUCGGAAAGCAAUUUUCAGCUCAAUCAAAAUAAAAUGAAUUUUGCUAUGUUGAGAAAUAUUCAAGGAUUAUAUGCUCCACUAAAGUUACAAAUGGAGUACAAAGCAGUAAAACAGGUGCAGCGUUUGCCUUUCCUCAUGAGCUCCAACAUUGCACUGGAAACACUUCAAGGAAAUGAUGAAUGCAUUGGAUUUGAAGACAUAUUAAAUGAUCCAGCUCAAAGUGAAGUAAUGGGAGAACCACAUCUUAUGAUGGAGUACAAACUUGGCUUACUGUAAUUAAUGGGCAUUGCUGAGGAUUUUAAAGAGACAAGUAUUGCUUCCUGCUGCUUUGCAUAGGUUGUUCUGAAUGUAACAUGAACAUCCAAAAUAUAGACACUUCAGACAAGUAACUGGCCCAAAAUGAAGUCUAGUUUAAAACUUUCUCAUGGCAUUCAAGUUUGUAAGAAAGAACAAUUUCUAAAUUAAUGCCUCAAAGAAUUAGUCUGCCAAUAGUCCAAGUCCUACCUCUGUAAUUGCUGUUAUGAAUGCUUAAAUCCCAGAUGCACAUAUAUAAAAAAAAUAUAGCAAUAUGUUAAGUUGUACACUAUUUUAAUGCCAUUUUAUAGCAUCACUAAAAUAUGAAAAGUCACAAUUAGCACCAUAUCAAUUAUUUCCAAUGUGAUCUGACUUGUCAUUUAAUAGCAGUUAGGGUUGCAGCAUCAUUAUUUACUGUCACAGUUCUUUGAUUUUGUACCAAACCAAGUUCUAAGGUAUUCUAGAAUGGGCAACUGGUGCAAGUAUUUGUUGAACAGCAAAAGGUUGUAACACUUAGUAUCUAAAAAUUUGGAUAUAUUUGAACCAUUGUUUACUUGCCAUUGUGAUUUAAGGAAAUAUGUUAUGAUUUCUCAGUUUGACCUUGGUCAUAUUGAGGGAAUGUUGUCUCCUUAAAACACACACCUAUAAUGAAAGUUAUCCAUUAAGAUUAGACUCGAUACUUUUUUGUCAGGUUCCUGCACAUUAAAAAAACACAUCAUAGGGCUCUGUAAUCCAUUAACGUUGAAAAUUUCUGGUAUACAAAAUACAUAUGCAUUGAAAUGAUCAAAGAGCAAGACUUUUAACAUCAGCAAAAGAAGUUGGAGUAAUUAAAUGUCAGGCUAUAAAAUAUUAAAACUUCAUAUAUGCCAGAAAAUAAACUAAAGAUUUUAGUUUAUUUCACCAAUAAUGGAAUUUAUUAGGUUUGCAAACUUGUCACUUUGAUCAGAAAUGUAGUUGAUUCUGUAUUUUUUUUAAAAUUUCAUAUAAUAAAUGUUAAUAUUUCA